AUGGCAGACCUCAACCUCCAAGAGAUCCACGACACCCUCCUCGACAUCGCCAGCGAGGCAGGCAAGAUGAUUAUGGCUGCGAACCCGUCAUCAAUCGACCAGGGAACCAAGCUCAACUCCGUUGACAUCGUGACGGAAACGGACCAAGCUGUCGAGAAGAUGGUCUCGACCCGCCUGCAAUCAACUUACCCCUCCAUAAACUUCAUGGGCGAGGAGACCUAUACUAAGGGAACCCGCCUCGGUCCGGAGCCCACCUUCGUCGUUGACCCCAUCGACGGCACCACCAACUUUGUCCACUCCUUCCCUGACGCCUGCAUCUCCCUCGGUCUGGCCGUCGACCACGUCCCCGUCGUCGGCGUCAUCUACAACCCGUUCCAGGACCUCCUCUUCACCGCCAUCAAGGGCAAGGGCGCGUACAUGCGUCGAGCCGGCGGCGCUCCCCAGCGCUUGCCUCUGGCGAAGAACCCCCUGCCCCUGAAGGGCCUCGACAGCGCGCUGCUGGCGUGCGAGUGGGGUUCCACGCGCGACGGCCCCAACUUUGAGCUCAAGGCCGAGACGUUCAAGAAGCUCGCCGCGACCAAGGAGAGCGGCGGCGCCAUGGUGCACUCGAUGCGCGCCCUGGGUUCCGCCGCCCUCAACAUCGCCGCCGUCGCCGCCGGCCAGUUGGACAUGUACUGGGAGGGCGGCUGCUGGGCCUGGGACGUUUGCGCGGGCUGGUGCAUUCUCAGCGAGGCCGGCGGUAUCAUGGCCGGCGGUAACCCUGGUGUGUGGAACCCCGCCGUGGACGAGCGUGUGUAUCUUGCCGUCCGCGGGGCGCCGAGCGGCCAGAAGGAGAUUGUGGAGGAGUUUUGGGGCGUUCUCGGGGAUGGCAAGCUGGAUUACACCGUUUGA